GCCAGGAUUUAUGACAUGGUGACUCAUGUACGCGAGAAGGCGAUUAUAAAUUCACGUUGCCACUGCCGUCGGAUGCCUGUAUCGUUAACUCAAGCUGACGAAAACGGUGUAGAUAGUACAGAGAGAUACACUAUGUUCAGUUUUUCGAUACUCUUAUCGGUAGCCACGUUACUGGCAUCCGUCGAAUGCCAACGUAUGACCGAAGUGGUGCAAACUGCCGACGGUCCCGUACGUGGCAGAAUCUUCGAAACGAUAUGGCACUCGAAACCGUUUUCCGCUUUCCAGGGAAUUCCUUACGGGAAACCGCCUGUCGGUCCUCUCAGAUUUAAGGAUCCGGUCAAAGUCGACUCAUGGACAGAAGUCUUAAACGCUACUGAGAAUUUUAAGUAUUGUCCUCAGUAUGUGGUCGCCAACUACGUUGGACAGGAAGAUUGUUUAUACUUGAAUGUAUUCUCGCCUGUGGUGAAUUUUGGUAACAUCACGAAGGACUAUCCGAAGAAGCCGGUGAUGUUUUGGAUUUACGGUGGCGAUUUUGCGACGGGAGCGGCGUUGCAGGAUUUCUACGCGCCCGACUUCUUUCUCGAAGACGACGUAGUGUUCGUAAGCCUCAACUACCGCCUCGACGUUCUAGGAUUCUUGGCUUUAGAUUUGCCAGGCGUGAAGGGUAAUAGUGGCCUCAAGGAUCAAGUUCUGGCGUUGAAAUGGGUACAAAGGAAUAUCGCCGCGUUCGGAGGCGAUCCGAAUCGCGUCACCAUAUUUGGAGAGAGCGCUGGUAGCGCCAGCGUCAGUUUUCACUUGUUGUCCUCGCAAGCGGAAGGUCUGUUUCAUCAGGCUAUCCUCGAAAGCGGCACUGCUAUCUGCCCGUGGGCGUACAACACUCGAAACAGGAUCAAGGCGAGCGCCUUCGCGUUAGCU